GACCAACACUAACACCAAGGGCAGGUGGGCAGGCCUCAGCCCUCCUCCCCCACCCCAGGGCCCACUGCAGCCUCAGCCCAGGAGCCACCGGAUCUCCCAACACCAUGGUCCGAUGCCGCUUGAGGAGCCCGAGCGAACGCCCACACGAGGAGUACAGGCAGCUGGUGAACGGGCAGGAGCAAGGACGUAAUGCCCAAGAAGAGCAGGGGCUGAGCCCAGAAGGCGUCGAGGCCUAUGGGAGGAGCCACCGAGUCUGCUAUCGCUACAGGCGCAGGCGCUGCUCUCGCAGACGGCUGUACCGGAUUCACAGAAGACGGCGUCGCUCCUGCAGAAGGCGCAGAAGACGUUGCUGCCGAUACCGGAGGCGGUAUCGCAGAGGUAGCAGAUCCAGGAGGAGGAGAAGAUGCAGAAGGUACUAAGCUUCCUGGGCCCCUCGCCCCCUCCUGGAAGUUAAAAGUCACCUGCCCAAGAAACACCAAGUGAGGCCAUAACAACACCCCUACAUCAAAUGCUCAAGCCCUGAAUUGCUGCUGAGAAGCUCACAAGAUCUGAGUGAAAUAUGCCCAAGUCACCUGCCCAAUAAAGCUUGACAAGAUACUCGCUG